UUGGAUUUUGGUAGUGCUAUUUGCUUCCUUUUUCUUGUUCAUUAUUUUGAUACAAUUAAGUAUUAAUUAACUGCUGUUUUAAUACAACAACGCUUUAUUAUCGUGCUGCUAAUAUGGUUCUAACAAAAGAAUACAGGAUUUGCAUGCCUAUAACUGUGGAUGAGUAUCGAAUAGGACAAUUGUAUAUGAUAGCUCGUCAUAGUUACGAACAAUCUACUACUGGUGAAGGAGUGGAGGUUAUAGCUAAUGAAGAAGUAACUGAUGAAGUAAAUGGUGUUGGACAAUUUACUGAGAAGCGAAUACAUCUUUCAAGUCACUUACCAUAUUGGAUACAGAAUAUUAUACCCCGAGUAUUUUAUGUUACUGAAAAAGCAUGGAACUAUUACCCAUACACAAUAACAGAGUACACUUGCUCCUUUAUCCCGAAAUUUUCAGUAUCUAUACAAACUAGAUAUGAGGACAAUAAUGGAACUACUGAAAAUUGCUUAUGCCUUCCUGCGGAAGAGAUUGAACAAAGGCAAGUUGAUUUUCUUGAUAUUGCAUAUGAUGAAAUUAAACCACAUCAUUAUAAGGAGACUGAAGAUCCUAAACUUUUUAAAUCGGAAAAAACUGGCCGUGGACCUUUGACCGAGGGAUGGCGUGAUACACACAAACCCAUAAUGUGUUGCUAUAAGUUAGUAAAUGCAAAGUUUGAAGUAUGGGGACUGCAGACAAAAGUGGAAGAUUACGUACAAAGUGCAAUACGUGAAAUUCUUUUACUUGGACAUCGUCAGGCAUUCACAUGGAUGGACGAAUGGUUCAACAUGACCCUUGAAGAUGUGAGAAAUUAUGAAAAGGACAUGCAGGCAAAAACAAAUAUCAAGGUAAAGACUGCUCUUGAGAAUGCAGAGGGUGAAAGCCAAUCUCCACCUCCAACCCCGAAAUCACCAAAAUCGCCAAAAUCUCCGAAAACCCCAUCAGCAUCCGGGACACCCACAGAGACAAAGUCUUGGUUUUCGUGGUCCUAAAGUGUGUAAUAAAAUUUUAAAAACAAAACCCACCACUGUCAAAAACAGGGUCGAAUUAAGUUCACAAAAUAAUAUAAUUUUUGGUUGUAAGGUAUCUUGUCAGUCACACACACUGUUGUUAGUAAUAUAUCUAUUAUUGAUUGGUGUAACUAAGAUAAAAAAUAAUGUUAAGUGUUAAGAAUAUUUCUGCUAAUUUUCAUUUAGAAUUUACAUUGAGUUGAAUGAAAUUAUCAGGAAUUAAUAUAAAGACACAAUAACCUAAUUUAUUUUACAUUUUAUGCUUUGUAAAGCUUGCAUACGUUGAGACUUAAUGAAGUAUUUCAAUUUCACAAAUUGUGAUAAAGAAAGAAAUUGAAUUAGGCAAAAGUGUAUUUUCUUUUCAAUAUUUUAUACACAUGGCUGAAUAAACUUUAAACCCGAUUGAAUUAAUCAUAUAUUUUCCGAUUGAUUCAAGAAGUUCACUUCACAUUGACUAUGUUAUUCAUGCAAAUGUUUAAGGAACCUAAUGUUUAUUUUAAUUGUAUGAAACAAUUUAAAAUUUAAAGAUUACUUAAGUAGACACUAAGUUCCAUUUGGGAUAUCUUAAGUUAUUAAAUCUAAAAAUAAACCUUAUAUUCAUUGUGACCUGCAUUUUGGCCUAAUUGUCAUUUCCACAUUAAAUAUUAUGAAGCAAUA